AUGCCCUCUAUCACAAUCCCUCUGCGUCUCAAAUCAGUUUUCUCCAGCCGCAAAUCGCGCAAAGGCUCUUCCUCACCACCAAUAUCCAUUCUCUCAGCUUCUACGCCAGUACUCCCUCUAUCGUCCACAACCACAGCCGAUUUAACGGUUAGCCCCGUCGAGAGUAUAAGCAGCACGGUAGUCCAUUUUUCUCCAGAGGUUGCCAGUCCACCGUCGAGCUUGAACUCGAGCCCUGCUGGAAGCCCGAGAGUGGAGUCCAGACGCCCUCCACCUCCAGUUGAGAGGUCGUCGAAACCGGCACAGGCGAAAGUGCCGUACAGGUCACGGAGCCAGAUGUUGCCUAUGAGGUCGCACCAGCAGAAUGCUUUCGAGUACAUUCGGGUGCCUACUCUUCCUGGUGUACGUUCUUUACUUGCUCCAUGGGCGUCUGCUGCACUGCUGCUUUGA